AUGAGCUCCAUCAGUGCAGCAAACUCAGAAUUUUGUUUUGAUGUAUACAAAGAGCUGAAAGCCCACCAUGCCAACGACAACAUCUUUUACUCCCCCAUGACCAUCAUUGCAGCCCUUUCCAUGGUCUAUAUGGGAUCAAGAGGCGACACUCGGUCUCAGAUGGAGAGGGUUCUUCACUUCGAUAACAUUACAGGAGACCCUACUGACUCCGAGUGUGGCACUUCUGAAUACAUCCACAGUUCAUUCAAGGAUCUCAUCUCAGACCUCACCGGGCCAAAUACUAAAUACUUACUCAAGAUCACUGACAGGCUCUAUAUUGAGAAGACAUACCCCAUUCUUCCGCAAUAUUUAAAGUGUGUAAAGAAAUUCUACAGAGCAGGGGUGGAAGAAGUUAACUUCAAAACAGAUACAGAGGACGCAAGACAACUCAUUAAUACCUGGGUGGCAAAAGAGACAGACG